AUGGCCUCCUCUACCCCCAGUAUGCAGCGGAAAUCAACUGCUGCCCGGGCACCCAAACCACGACCCAGACCAGCGCAGAAGGGGGCUCGAAAUACAGCUGUACACGUUCCAGGGGAACCGCCGCCAAAGAAGCUCAAGUAUGUGCCCGGAGGCCCUGGAGGGGGCGGACGAUACAUCGAAGUGGACGAUAUAGACCCACCCGUCCGGGCCUCGUCACAAAUGCGAAAUAAGUCAGGCAAGCCUAGGACCCGACCUGCUCGCGAUUCCCAUGCCUCCUCGCGUCUUCCUCCCGCAACCCCUCCGGCUUCCUCGCGCUCUAGUCGCCCGAGGACUCAGGCCCGGAGAUAUAGUUCUGCUGCCGCAGCGGUGCUGGCCGUGACGCAAAGUGAAGGAUACAUGCCUCGUGAAGAACGCGGUUGGGAAGAGUUUCACCCCGACCUCGAUAUAGAUGCUCAAAUCGCGGUGUUCAGCUCAAAGGAAGUAGAUGGGUUGGCGAACGGCGAUAACUCAUCUUCUAACGGAGCAAACUGGAAUGGCUUUGGGAACAGCGGAGAUGCCAGCAACACGCCGAAUGGAUGUCGAGGACCAAGUUUAUCUCCCUCCAAACGUCAACUUGACAGGCCUCGGAGGGCGGAUGAUAAUGCACCAGAUAAAUCCAAAGCGGCGUUACUACCAACGUCGAAUCCGCGCGAAAAACUUACACUACCAAAGCCAUCAUGGGUUAUAAAAGACCCAUUUCUGCCGUUUGAGCAAAAGGGCGUUGGACAGCAGAACUAUGUGGAUCGUACUAUGGCGAGUGUGGGUUAUCAGGAAAGUGAUGUAUUUCUCCGACACGAAAGACGAAUGAUCCGGUUGUCAGAAGGCACGACAGACGGUGAUCUCGAUCUAGAACCACCUCCACCUGCAGAAGGGGAUACCGGCCCGCCUAUCCCGAAUGCGGAUGUGGGCAGAGUGGAGUAUGAUAUGGAUGAGCAGGAUGCUAGGUGGCUGGAAGAAUAUAAUAUGCAACGAAAAGUCGAAGAAUUCGAGCCUAUCAAGCCGGCGAUAUUUGAAAUUACAAUGACCAAAAUAGAGAAAGAAUGGCAUGCUCUAGAAAGACGAAUACCGAAACCAAACCCUAAACCACCCCAAACCCAAAGACCACGUUCUAGUUCUGCAGUGGCGGUAAACGGUGAGAACCCUGGCUCAGGAGAAGAACAGGAUAGCAAGUGCGCCGUAUGUGACGACGGGGAUUGUGAGAACGCCAACGCCAUUGUCUUUUGUGACGGCUGUGACCUUGCUGUCCACCAGGAAUGUUACGGUGUGCCUUAUAUUCCCGAGGGCCAGUGGCUCUGCCGCAAGUGUCAACUAAUUGGUCGGGGGUCGCCAUCAUGUAUCUUCUGUCCUAACACCGAAGGUGCCUUUAAGCAGACAAAUACUGCUAAGUGGUCACAUCUCCUUUGUGCAGUCUGGAUCCCAGAAGUCUCCAUAGGGAACCCAUCUCUGAUGGAGCCUGUGAUUGAAAUAGAAAAGGUCCCGAGAAGCCGUUGGAAACUUACAUGUUACAUCUGCCGCCAGAAGAUGGGUGCCUGCAUCCAAUGCAGCAACAAGAAUUGCUUUGUAGCUUUUCACCCGACCUGUGGAAGGCGAGCUCGUCUGUAUUUGAGGAUGAAACUGACUCCAGGAGCUCCCGCGAUUAAAGAUUCAAAUGAACUUAAAGCCUUCUGCGAUAAGCACGUUCCACCCGACUGGCAGGCAGAUCAUAACACUUCUACUGCCACCGCACAAGCCUUGGAAUACUACCGCACCGCCAUGCAAGGGAAGAAAUGGGGAGACAGCCAGGCUGCAGCGCUUGCCAUGGGACCUGAAGCCCAGGAAGGCACGGACACUAACGAGGCCGAUGGAAGACCUAUAACGCCUCGAAUCACGUUAACUGUUGGCGGUAACAAUAAGCGAAAACGCGCCAAUACAAGGACUAUUUGGAAGUUACCCUCUGGAGCGCCUGUCAUACCACGAGUUGUGCUCGACAGCGUUGUUGCUUCCUUGGCCCGUUUCACGGUCCGUCAAAGGAAGCAGUAUGCUGAAGAUGCCUGCAAGUAUUGGACGCUUAAACGAGAAGCUCGGCGAGGUGCUGCAUUGUUAAAACGGUUGCAGCUUCAAUUGGAAACCUUUUCGUCCAUGGAGAUGACUCGACGGAAUUUCUCUGGAAUGGGCCGUGCAGGAUCCGUCCGUUUGGAACGACGAAUUGACUUUGCGGAAAGGCUAUACCACGACGUUGACAAGGUUCGAAUGUUAUGCGGUGAAGUGAAGAAGCGUGAAAGGGAGAAACUCAAAGACGCAGAAACUCUUCAGAGUAUCAUCGAUAUAGUAUACUUCCCGAUACCACCAAUGCUCUGGCCCGUUUUUGAAAAAGUGCAAGCGUUGGAUGGAAAGGGCGUGUUCUUUGUUGGCUUCCAGGCAAUUCGAUCAAAGUUAGAAGAGCGAUAUUAUACGUCUGUUUCUGAAUUUUCUCGAGAUCUGGCACAAGUUUUUACUUCAGGAAUUGGAGUUGCUUCAGUUGGUGAUACGGCAGAACUGCAGAUGCAGAUUAGCGGUCGUGCUCCUGAACUCAGUCACGAGCAGCGAGAGAAGCGAAAGCUUGCCAAAAGAAUCAUCAAAGCCGUCCAGCCAUUAUUAGAGGAUGCAUUGAAAAGGGAAAGCGAGUUGAACGGUAAGCCUUAUGAGAACGAGCUCAAGGGUCUCGAUCUCAUCCUUGAAAACAGCGUCGGCUCUCGUAGAGGUUCUAUAAACACUUCCUCCGGAGAGAUUACCAACACGUCCCUCCUUGCUGAGAUGGCAACGCAACCGUUAACAAAUGGGAUUGAAUUCAAAAAUGAAAAGCGUCUCCUGGACUUGACGCCUAAAAGUGAGGCUACCGAAAAGCCAACUGAGUUGGCCAACAACGAGAAACCCGCCCCCGAAACUAACGGCGAUCGGGCAGUACAUGUUAGCGGUGAAGAUCAGGAUACGGAAAUGACCCUAGAUACUCCAACAGACCAGGAGAACAAUGGCGAAGUGACCGCAUCGUACUCAGAAAAGGUGGUGCCCGGUAUAGGCUCCAACGAGAUUGAGCAGAGCCAAACAUCUACCCGGAAAGUGGGAGAGGAAGCCAACCAUCAACUGCAGAUUCCAGGCGAUGAAACCACACCCCCUACACCACCUGCAAGCUUCUCGGGAGGCCAGCAGCUCCUACCGUUAGCCCAGGGCGGUAUCCAGUGGUACAUGCAACCAUUCGACCCCAUAGGCACCACCAUACACGAAGAACGAUGGACCGGUAGGGAACUGGUUCGAGGCAUGAGUGAGGAACUUAGCGAUAUAGGCGAGGAGGAACUUCGUGACCUGGCCGGAGACAAUGACGGCGUUGAGGGGGCGCUGGCAACGCACGCUGGACAGGACAUCGCAUCUACGGCUAUGGGUGAAGAAGCCCCAAGGCCGAAAACACACAAGACACGAAAGCGUUGGCGAGGAUUUAGAUAG